GAUAGAAAUGCAUUUGUGCGUCUGCUUAGUUAUAAUUAAAAUCUCUUUUGUGGGAGUUUGUUUAUUUUCCAGCUAAUUGGAAAGAAAGAAAAUCCGCGCAUAAAUUUGAAGUGUUUGAGUUAAAGAUUAUUCGAGAAGAAAAUAAAUAACAACUUGACUUGAUUUAAAGUUAAACUAAGUAUAGAAGUCUAUAUGACUCCUUAUUUCAAAAAUAAGGCUGCUGUUUUACAAAAAAACCCAUUUCAGGCGAAAGGCACGUACGUAGGCUCAGGCAUUACGGCAAAAAGGAUCAAAAAUAAAUAUUACACACACAAAUACAUGCGCACACGUAGUGAAAACAUCAUGAAUAGUAACAUUGUAUAAAUAACGGGAGAACAAUGUGAGCUUGCAACAAAAACAAAAAGACUGCUAACAACACCGUUAAAAAAUUAAAAUAUAAAUACAAUAAAUAAAAGUGCAAAUAAAAAGUAAAUAAAUACUACAAAAAAGUUUUACUCUAACAAAAAAAAAAAAAACAAAGGGAUAAAGAAAAAAGCGAAACGCAAAAAAUCAUAUAAUCAUAACCAGCGAGUGUAAAAAGUUUGGCAGCAAUACUCGCUACAAAACGAGAUGCCACCCACACAAAAACCCAUCACCACAGUAAUCCAAUUGCGGCGACCAACAAAAACCACAACAACAACAACAACCACACGUUCACCACAAAAGGCGCCAAUGCUGUUCGCAUACGCCGCCGUGUUGUUGCUGGUGCACUGUGUGCCACACAUAUCCUGCGAUUACGAGAAUACAUGGAACUUUUACUACGAACAGCCGUGCUGCAGCAACGAGGUCACGAAUUAUGCGAAACACAAGCGAGGUGAGUUCGUAAAACUUUUGCCCGUGCGUGUUAAAGAUGAGGUCAUGGAAAAGUAUCAUGUACGCGAAUUCAACUGCGGCAAAUUAUACUAUCGCACUUUCCACAUGGAUGAAGAGAGGGACUCACUCUACGUGGGCGCUAUGGAUCGCGUAUUUCGUUUGAGCCUGAAAAAUAUUUCGUCCUCGCAAUGCGAUCGCGAUGUUAUUAACUUGGAACCCACACGCGAUGACGUUGUCAGCUGCGUCUCCAAAGGCAAGAGCCAGAUUUUCGAUUGCAAGAAUCACAUUCGUGUCAUACAAUCAAUGCAAAACGGCGAGAGGCUUUACGUUUGCGGCACAAAUGCGCACAAUCCCAAGGAUUAUGUCAUCAAUUCCAACCUUACUCACCUACCUCGUUCGGAAUAUGUAAUUGGCGUUGGUCUGGGUAUAGCGAAAUGUCCCUACGAUCCAUUGGAUAAUUCAACUGCUAUCUAUGUGGAGGAAGGAAAUCCUGGUGGUUUGCCUGGCUUGUACUCGGGCACUAAUGCGGAAUUCACGAAAGCGGACACUGUCAUCUUCCGUACGGAUUUGUAUAACACCACGGCGAAGCGGUUGGAAUAUAAAUUUAAGCGAACACUCAAAUAUGACUCCAAGUGGUUGGAUAAACCAAAUUUCGUCGGCUCCUUUGAUAUUGGCGAGUAUGUGUACUUCUUUUUCCGCGAAACUGCCGUUGAGUAUAUCAACUGUGGCAAAGCGGUUUAUUCGCGUAUUGCGCGCGUUUGCAAAAAGGAUAUCGGCGGCAAAAAUCUACUCACCCACAACUGGGCCACAUAUCUGAAGGCGCGAUUGAACUGCAGCAUAUCAGGCGAGUUCCCGUUCUACUUCAAUGAAAUACAAUCCGUCUAUCAGUUGCCAACGGAUAAGACGCGUUUCUAUGCGACAUUCACGACCAGCACAAAUGGGCUAAUCGGUUCGGCAGUGUGCAGUUUUCACAUCAACGAAGCGCAGGCAGCUUUUAAUGGCAAAUUCAAAGAACAAUCAUCAUCCAAUUCUGCUUGGCUACCAGUACUGAAUUCACGUGUGCCCGAACCUCGUCCGGGCACUUGUGUCAAUGAUACCUCAAAUCUGCCAGACAAUGUGUUGAACUUUAUACGCUCGCAUCCGCUUAUGGAUAAAGCUGUGAAUCAUGAACACAACAAUCCAGUCUAUUAUAAACGGGAUUUGGUAUUCACUAAGCUCGUUGUUGACAAAAUCCGCAUUGAUAUACUCAAUCAAGAGUACACUGUCUACUAUGUGGGCACAAAUUUGGGGCGCAUCUAUAAAAUCGUGCAAUACUAUCGUAAUGGCGAAUCACUAUCGAAAUUGCUUGACAUCUUCGAGAUUGCAGCUAACGAAGCGAUACAAGUGAUGGGUAUCAGUCAGGCACGUAAAUCGCUCUAUGUUGCCACAGAUCAUCGCAUCAAACAAAUCGAUUUGGCGAUGUGCAAUCGACGUUAUGACAAUUGCUUCCGUUGUGUGCGUGAUCCCUACUGCGGCUGGGACAAGGAGGCGAACACAUGUCGCCCAUACGAAUUGGAUCUGUUGCAGGAUGUUGCCAACGAAACGAGCGACAUUUGCGAUUCCAGCGUGUUAAAGAAGAAAAUCGUCGUCACCUAUGGGCAAAGCGUGCAUUUGGGUUGCUUCGUCAAAAUACCAGAGGUGCUGAAGAACGAGCAAGUGACUUGGUAUCAUCAUUCAAAGGAUAAGGGACGCUACGAAAUCAAAUACAGCCCCACAAAGUACAUAGAGACCACCGAACGCGGUUUGGUUGUUGUAUCGGUGAACGAGGCUGAUGGUGGUCGCUAUGAUUGCCAUUUAGGUGGUUCCUUACUGUGCAGCUACAACAUCACCGUCGAUGCACACAGAUGUACUCCUCCAAAUAAAAGCAAUGAUUAUCAGAAAAUUUAUUCUGAUUGGUGUCACGAAUUCGAAAAAUACAAAACUGCCAUGAAAUCGUGGGAAAAGAAGCAGGCGCAAUGCUCAUCACGUCAGAACUACAGCAAUCAGCAUCCUAAUGAUGUUUUCCGCAAAAGCAAUGUCUGAUAUCAAGAAAAUCAACUUCAACUAUCGCCCAUAAAACUUCGUCUAUAAGUAGGAGAGAUUCUUGGGGGUCGGCUGGCUGGCUAAUGGCAAUUAACGGUGUAAUGAAGGGUAAGAGAUCGCGGGAGACUUUACAACAGCAGAUUAUGACGGUAGUGUGACAGGAGUAUCCGUAUGUGUUCACCACUCGUAGCAAUGAGAAUAUGAGAGCGCAGUCUAAAGAAGGAGAGAAAUGUCAAGGCGGAGUGUGGUGAAAAAUCCGAUAACAGCGACAACGCAUUGGACAUAUGCUCGUACCGGAGCGCAUUUAAACUUAACAAAGAACAAACUUAACUUGAGCAAAAUAAAAAUAAGCAAAACGAUAUGACGAAAGCAAAGAAAACAUUAGAUACACUCAAGCAAUCGCAUUAUACUACAAACAUACCUAAAUAAAAAUAAAAAUAAAAAUAAAAAUAAAAAUAAAAAUAAAAAUAAUUUUAAGAACAUGAAAAAUUAAUACUUACUAUAAGAUAUUUAAAAUCAAUAGAAAAAAAUAAAAAGUUACAAAAUAAAAAAAUUAAAUUAAAAUUAAAAUAAAUAAAGAACGCAAUGUGGACCACAGGAGAACAAUAAAUUUUACAAAACAAACGAAAGUUUCCGCAUUGGUAGUUGCAAAGGCGCAUAAAUUUGCAAUAAAUAAUUACUAACUUGCAGUUGGCUUCAAAAUAAUAGGAGCAAAACGAAUUACAAAGUUUCUACAAUUUUUUAUUUUUUAUUUAAUUUUUUUUAUUAUUUACAAAUCAUUUUAUAAAAACAUAUUUCAUACCAUAACAAAAACUAUGUGACUAAAAUUUUCAAACUUUAUGCAAAAUUUAUUAAAAUUUAGAAAUUUAUUGAAAUUUAAAAUUAAAAAAAAAUGUCAACUUCAAACUUUAUCAGAACCUCUAGAAAAAUUCUAAGUAUGCAAUUUUGUUGUUCAUUCAGUUUCAGUAUAUACUAUACCUAUGAAAUGAGACCUUUAGCUAUUAGUAUAUUACAUAAAUGUCGCUAGGAGUAUUUUUAACCUUCACAAAUGUCUUGUUUUUUUUUUUGUCUGUCAUCUGUCAACAAUAUUCAGUUUCAUAUAACAAUGCAUUUUUGUCGCUCUUAAAAAUGUCGAAUUUCGUGCCUUCAAACUACGAUUUGCGUACAUCGUUGAUUUUCUGAAGCCCAUCAAAUGCUUAUAGAAGCUUAUUGUGGACAUGCUCUAAGUAGAGCCCAGUGCUUCAGGUGGCUUGAAAAAUUCCGAAGUGGAGAACGAGGGCCGUGACCGGCCAUCGAAAAAGUUUAAGGACGCCGAAUGGCAAGCAUUGUUGGGUGAGGAUGAUGGUCAAACGCAAGAAAUGAUGGCAGAGCAGUUGGGAGCGACCCCAAAAACCAUUUCCAAACGUUUAAAAGACAUGGGCAUGAUUUUAAAAGUCGGAAGAUGGGUGCCGCAUGAACUGACUUGAUGACAAUGCACCGCCACAUCGAACAAGAGCGACCCGGGAAUUGGUGGGGACGUACGAUUGGGAACCGCUGGUGCAUGCGGCUUACUCACCAGACUUGGCGCCUUCCGAUUAUCAUUUGUUUGCAUCGAUGGGUCACGCACUUUCCGAGCGUCGCUUGAAUUAUCACGAAGAAGCCAAAAAAUGGCUCGAUGAUUUUUUUGCGGCCAAAGACGGCCAAUUUUUUUGGCGGGGCAUCCACAAAUUGCCUGAGAGAUGGGAAAAAAGUGUCGCUAGCGAUGGCUAUUAUUUUGAAGAUUAAAUUUGUAACCAUUUUUUGUUAAUAAAUGUUUGAAAUAGAAAAAAAAGUCUCAUUUCAUAGGUAUAUACCGUACUAAAGAGCAAAUUUGAAGUCGCCCAAAAUUCAGGUAGAUUUUGAAGUUUUUUUUUUCUUUCUGUUUUUGUUGCAUACAUUCCUUGCAAAGCCAUCGAAGACUUUUAUAUGGAAGAAAAUACUCAACAUCUCAGCACACAAAAAAACAUUGCACUUUGUUGGUCUAAUAUUGACUGGCCUAUAAAACUGCAUACCCAAAACUGUUUUUUUCUUAGUUUAAUUCUGAAUCAAAAGAGGGAAGUUUUAACACUUCUUGUUUUUUUUCUUAUUUUUCCUUGUUUUUUUUUUUUUUUUUUUUUUGAAAUUUGUAACAUUUGUAACAAAGUUUUCAGCUUAAUAAAAACAUGAAAAUACAAAUUAAAUGCUAAACAAAAAUAGUUAAAACUUUGUGAUUCGCUGCCCACCCAUUAUUUUGAGCACAGCUGUACAAAAGGACCCGCAAGUACACUCAUAAAAAACCGUUAAUCAAUGAAAACCAAAUAAGCUUAAAUAUACCUAUAAAUACUAUGUAGAUAUACGAAAUUGAAGGCAAAUACUUACAUACAUACACACUUACAUACGCUAGCAAUACACCAACUAAAACGCAGAGCAUUGCAACAAAAGCACAAAACCAAGAGUUGGGAAAACCAAACAAAAAUGAAAUUUAAACUAAACUUGAAUUUUAUAUAAUAAUUAGGAGUCAAUUGCAUGGAUUGACACCAACAACAAUAACUGCAUAUUAAAUUAAAAAGAAACAAAUAAAUAAAAAAGGAAAACAAGCACAAACAUCAACUACACAGGCAACAAUUGAAACGCGAGAGCAAAAUAUUUCAAGAGAUACACAGAAAAUUGGCGCUGAACUGAUAGAAAUAAGUUAUAUAUUUUGAUUAUCUAUAAUCUGCAAAAUCAACAGCAUUAUUAACUACUGGGAAAACCAGGCGUAGAUCAAGAACAGCAGGUACCCUACAAGACAGCUGACUAUCAUAUAAGCACUCAUAUUAUCGUCACUAUCCUCAUCCAACUACACAUUUUUGUUCUAGCCAUGCAAAAGUUCUGAUAGUUUCGCCUUGUCGGUUUGAUAUUCUUUCUCUCCUUUACCAAUAGCAAUUUCUUACAACUGAAAAAUAUAUCUACUAUGCUCUAAAGGCAUUCUCGCGAGAGAGAUGGCACAUUCGAUCAGUCCGAUUUUUUCUUAAUUUUCCAAUAAAUCUGAAUAAGUAAUCUAAAUGAGCUCAAUCAGCUAAAAUGCGACGCAAAUGAGAGUCAUUUGGCUUCAAUUCUUGCACGAGCUGCAUUUUAUAGGCACGUGGGCCAACAUCUUUAAGAAAAAUAUUCCACGUAGACGAAGGACAAAGGUCAACAAGCUGAGAACGACGACGAAUCGACAUUUUGGUAUAUUCUUAAACACUUCGCUCUAUGAACCUCGCGAACAGAUUUAUUUCUACAAAGUAAAGGUCCACAAUUUAGAAGCGCUGCUGUGGCGUUAAACGAUGCGUGGUGACUUGCCCAAAUCUUGCUGAACAGAACUGUCAACGCAGUUUGUCACUGUCAGCUAUCAAACCAGAGUUGCGGAUAUCGAUAGUUCUUAUGCAGCUAAAACGAACACCCGAUAGUUCAUAUUUUGCAAGGUUAAAAUGUUUCAAAUCAGUUAAAUGAGCAAGAAUUCGUUCAAUGUUUACUGAGUCGCCUGUUACUCCAAUUGCUUUUUUGGCUCGCUGAAAAGAACUCAGCUCAUUGCUCUGAACUUUAACUAAUAAGAAGUCUCACUUAAGUCUCUUACUCUCCAAUAGGCAAACAAGCAUUAGUAUUAAAACUCUUCGAGUAUUAAGGGGGCAGAUACCUGUAAACCGCCAUAUUUGCCCUGAUUUUCAUUAAAAUUAUUUAAAAUGAAGAAGUCAAUAUAUUUUUUUUCAAAAUUGGCAAACACUUUCUUUAUAACAGGUGGCGCAAAAUUAAUCAAUUAUGGGAAGAUUUACAAUAUUUGCAAAUAUCGUCCUACGGCAAUAUUUUUUUCGAAAAAUUUUCGAAUUUUAAAUUCACAUAGAAAUUAAUAUCAGAAAAAAGAAGUGUGCAAAAUUUUAGGGAGAUCGGUCAAUAACUUUUCGAGUUAUCGAGUACGCCAAUUUGAAAAAAAAAAACGCGUCUAAUGUCGGCAGCAUAACUAACUAUACCUCUCCCAGCGCUCGAACGCAAAGAAUAGAGUCGUCACGGUUGACCAUCUAUAAUAGAAGAAAUACUUAAAUUUACGUUCUAAAAUUUUUUUGACUUAUUAACAUUUUAUGAAAAAAAAAUUUCGAAAUUUUACAGGUAUCUGUCCCCUUAAAAAUGUUGGCGCUCUGACUCGUAUGCCAUUAAAAGACCUCCUGCCACGUACUCGGAAGCAUUAAAGUGUGAAAGGAAGUGUAAAUGUACACUCAUUCAGUUAACCAUACACAUACAAAUAGACGUUUUUUUCAGUAAAUGAAAGCUUUUAAAUGUUAUGGAUUUAUUUCACUCCUAAAGAACCUGUCCAUUUACAUAGAGUUUGCUAAAAUUUUUCAAAGAACAUUUCGGAUACUUUUUAAAUUUUAUUUUAUUUUAUUUUUUAUCUACAAAAUUGGAACUCUUGAAAUACUCAGACGCCACCGAGAAUUAGCAUACAUCUGUAUCUCAUAAAUUUCUUCGCCUGCUGACUAAAAAUAAAAAUAAAAAAUUAAAUAUUCUUAUAAUCCUAAACUAAAAAUACAAAGAAAAGUAUCAAAUAGAAGAAAUUUUAAGCAAAAUAAAAACUACUACAAACCGACAAGCAAUGUGAUGUUAAGUUUGAACGCAUUUAACUAUUAUCGAAGGAAAAAUCUAUUUAUAACAUCUUUGCUUCACGGCAUAUUAAAUAUUUGCAACAAAAGUAUUUAUCAUUGGAAUAUUAGGCAAAGCGCUUUUGAGUUGUUCUAGGCUAGUUUCAUUCGAAAUUCAAAGCAUAAAUAUGAAUAUCUAAAUAAAUAAAAAAGCAUUAAGAAAUGUAAGAGUGAGUAAGAAUUACAGCAGUCCAUAGUUUUUAAGUCAAAGUGCGAUAUUAAGCAAUAGCAUAAGGGGAAAUAAAUUCAUCUUUAUUUUCGUGUAGCAAAAAUUUGCAAUAAAAUCCUACAUUUUUGCAACUUUGAUGAUUUCUACGAAUUUUAUUUCUAUCUCAGCGUUUUUGCAUAAGAAAAGACUUUAUUGCGCGCGACAAACUACUCAAUUUCCUUUGUAUUAAAAAUAAAUCAAAAAUAGCAAAAUCAAGCAUUUAUGAAGAGCAUAACUGUAACAUAAAAUAAAAUAAAAUAAAAUAAAAUAAAAUAAAAUAUAUGAAAUCAUUUCUUGCAAAACUCCUGUUCACUUUAUGCUUAGUAUCUUAGUAUUUAGGUACUUUUUUUUAUUGUUUUCAUCCUUAAGUACUUAUCGCAAACCUUUUAAUGCAUUUUAAUAAUAGUUAUAAAAAUUUAGUGAGCACAUACAUGCACUCAUACUUAGAAGUUAUUAUGAUACGAGUAUAUACAUAUCUGUUCGUAUGUUUGUGUAUGCGUUUCUGUAGUUAAGUUAAUUCUUUGAUAGUCCAUUGUAUUUGAAAUAUAUUUAAAGAAAAAACAAAACAAGCGAAAAACGAAGUAGUAAAAACUUCGUGCGUUUUUUAUCCUUUUUAUAUGUUUUUCGAAAUUAGUUUUUAAGCGCUUAAUA